GAUUUAUUAAAAAUGUAAUUUUGUUCCUGGGAUCAACUUUUAUCUCAGUGCUCGGUAGCACGUUUGUUUACUACAGUGUUACCAAGCGUGCAUCAUUCAGUUCGUCCCUCUUAGGAAUAUGACGUGCAUAUUUUUAUUGAACAGUAUCCCAAACAAAUUAGCUUUUAAAGCCAACGGAAGAUAACAGUUAAUCCGACACGAGAUGUCGACAUGCAAAUUCGUGUUUUCUACGAUCUUACGUGCUUUAACACAUAACGUGCAAGAAUAUCGUUUCUCUUCUUGGAGGUUGGCAGAUAGUAACCAGUAACCCGAUUUGCCACGAUUAGAGUUCCUCUCGCUUAUCAGACCCGCUGUCUCUCAUCUAUUAUCUGAUCUAGAUGCGUCGCAUGACAUUCUUAUCUGUCAGCUUAUCUAAAAUUCAAUAAGAACCCAAGAUAAACAAUUGUAUUCCACGUUACCGUCGUCGAGGGCUGCACUAGAAGAACGGGUCAGGGCGCUCCAAACCUGCUUCACAACGACCAGCAAUCAGAGAAAAACGUAACACUCACAACUUUAGUCAUGGAUAAUUUUCCUGCACAAAGGUACGAGACCAAGAUUGAAGCUUUUGAUUCAUGCAUGAUCGAAGCAGCGAAUCAACAACAAGAGAUGACUCAAACAGUACCUGACCAAGCACCUCCACAACCAGCUCAAACUGAAAAUCAAGAGAAUCACGAGGUUGCUACGGUGCAACAACAGCAGCAGCAGCAGCAACAACAACAACAACAGCAGCAGCAGCAGCAACAUCAGACACAUCAGACGGCACAAGUUACACAGAUCCAAUCCAAUGCUCAGCAAAAUAUGACACUUACUCCUAUUCGUUUACCUGCUAUUCUUGAUGGAGAAUUCUUCACAGUGAUUAGAGUAGAAGAUACCAAUGUUACUGUUCGCUGCCUUCAAUGCCAAAAGCUGCUCAAUGGGAACCUUAAAUCUACAGGAAAUUUCCUAAGUCACAUAAAGAGGGUUCAUCCAUUUAUGAUCGAUAAGAUAAAAUGCAAGUCCAACCAGAGGAGACCUGCUAUGGUGUAUAUUGAUUUAUCUGCAGAAAAAUGUCCAGAAUUUGUCAGGACAAAAAGGGGAUAUAGGAAAAGCUACAAAUCAGAAGCGUAUCAACCUGGUAGUGAGGAGAGCUGCGAGCAACCGGCCGAUUGGUCCGAAUCGCCGGUAGCGAGAAGACGGAGAUCAGAGGAGCCGGAAUCUGGUGAUCUAUUGAAAUUUUCUCAUAAUAAUUCGUUUGUGAUUGAGGAUGAAUUCGACGCGAUAGGUCGCAAUGUUGCCGCGAAAUUGCGUAACAUGAGGGUUGAUCAAAGAAUCAUCGCGGAAAAACUAUUAAAUGACAUAAUGUUCGAGGCACAAUUAGGGAACCUUCACAGAGACUCUAACAUUCACGUUUAAUCUAAAAUGAUGUAAUUCCUUUAAUGAUUUAUAUUUGAGAUCCUUAGUGUGCAUAUCCCCCAUCAUAGUCCUUGAGAUGCCUAUUAAACCUCGAGUUGAACGAUUCAUUGGUUUUGUACAGAGUGAGAUAUAAAACAAAGAAGACAUAAAAGUUGCGGAAACAUUAUAUAUUAUUUUAAAUAGCAUGAAAAACAAUCCACUAGUAAGAAUCGUGUUGUACAUAGUAUACGAUACUGUAAAUAAUUGAGAUAUAAGUUUAUUAGUAAGACGAUAUGUAUUGUCGAACUUAGGGACUAUUCAAAAAGAAAAAACAGUUUUCUAGGUGGAUCAUUUUUCUAUUACGUAAUAGAAUUUUGCUAUCGAUAGUUAGCAUCUAAUAAAUAAUCUAUGUACCUA